AUGAAUGGAAACGAAGAGAAGAACAAUGGUGGCGAUAAUCCGAACGUCGAUGGUGUUGAUAAUGCUGUGAUCAAUGGUGCUGAUAAUCAUGUGGUCAAUGGUGCUGAUAAUCCUAACAUCGAUGGUGUUGAUAAUGUUGUGAUAAAUGGUGAUGAUAAUCCUAACAUCGAUGGUGCUGAUGAUCCUGUGAUCAAUGGAGCUGAUGAUGUCGUUGAACCUGAAACAUUUGGGCAGUUUGUCAUCAAGAAAUGCAUAGGUAAAGACUUUGGUAUCGGCAGAUUUGACUAA